CUCCCUCUACUUACUGGCGUCCAUUCAUCAAAGUCCAUAUUAUCCUCCUGUGUAUCCAUUCUGAACCAUUCACAUACCAGUUUAUGCCUUUUACUGCCACUUCCAAAAGUAAAUAAUUUCUACCACUGUGGGGUUCUAAGUAGACCAGCGUUUUCAGACCGACACAGCGGAAGUUUAAACACCUAGCUCUCUCCAAACGAUGUCCCCAAAUUGUGUCUUGCUUAACUCUGUAUUUAAUAAGUGUGCUUGCUUUCCCAGAGUAUUGUGCAUGUUAAAUUACUGUUUAAUGCUUGUUUGGAGAAAGAAAAAAAACUCAUACCCAGGGUGUGUUUCUUUAUUUUACUGCCCAAGUUUUUUUUGUCCUUUCAUCAGCCUCAAAUAUUGGUUAACUCCCACAUGAUAAACACGUUUUACUUGAUGUCUAGAUCAGGGUGUGGUAACAGGAAUAUCCCUCCUCUUCUUGUUAUUAUCCAUCAGGUGGUCACUCCCUGCUCAGCUGUCAUUUACAUUCCUGCUUCUGUGCUGACAGCUGGUGUUUUGUGAAGCUUCUGUCUACCUAUCAGGAAUAAAAAUUCAGCUUUCAGGUGGUCACUCCCUGCUCAGCUGUCAUUUACAUUCCUGCUUCUGUGCUGACAGCUGGUGUUUUGUGAAGCUUCUGUCUACCUAUCAGGAAUAAAAAUUCAGCUUUCAGGUCUGACAGCCUGAACCUGCAUUCAUCCAUCGAGGAGCACCUGUUAAACUUGACGUGUUGACAGAUUCAACUGAAAGCAUUGUUGGAGACUAUCCUGCACUACAUUUUCUUCAUCGAUCUUUCAAGUAGAACUAGAUCACACCAUGUCCAAUCCAACCGUCCAAAGCAACCAUGAGACGUCCUACAUGUCUCUAACGAAAGGCCUGAGAGAGCUGGACCUCCGUGGCCCCUAUGUCCCCAGCGACCUGUUGCUGAUCGGAGACCAUGCCUUUCCUUUAGCCAUGAACAGCAAAGGUCAGGUUCUGAUGGCCGCAUCUCUGUAUGGUCGUGGGAGGAUUGUUGUCCUGGGUCAUGAGGGCUACCUGACUGCUUUUCCUGCUCUGGUGGAGAACGCCCUGAUCUGGCUGCGGGGCGACGGAUCAGACAACCGUUCUGUAGCCGUGCAUCAAAACGUGAAGGUUGUCAGCGAUAACCUGAGCAGCUCCACCUUCCAAGUAGAAGUGGUGGGGGCCUUUAGUAGUAAUCUGAAGUCUGGCGUGUACGUGACAGAUGCAUACAGUGUUGGUGCUGACCCAAAAGACUUGGUGGCCUUUCUAAAGGCUGGAGGAGGGGUGCUAUUAGGAGGCCAGGCUUGGAGCUGGGCUGCGGAUCACCCAAAGGAGAAUACAUUGCAUUACUUUGAUGGAAACAAGGUGUCUGGGGUUGCGGGGAUCUACUUCUCUAAGAAUCAGGGUGAGGCGGAGCACCUUCCAGUCUACCCACAGAUCCCAUCCUCCUGGAUGGCUGUAGUAAUAGGGAAGGAUUUUGAGGAUGACUUGCAGUUCUUACUCCAUGGCGUUUCAGAGCUUGCCAUCCCAAAUGGUUCUCUAGCUUCAGAGGUUCUGGUCCAUGGCCCAUUAUCAUUCCCGAUUGCUACAGCGGGAGGUGGACCGGCAUUCCUGGCCGGAGCUUACUAUGGUCAAGGUCGGGUCAUCGUUGCUGGACAUGAAGGAGUUCUGAGUGCUGAGGAAAAUGCUUCAUUUUGGAAGAAUGCCCUUCACUGGCUGGAUGAAGGCCGCAGGGGCAUUGUUGGCGUAGGACUGAACAAUGGCAUUAAGAUAGCUACUGACUCAGGUCUAGAAAUGGAGAAAACAGGCUUCAAGAAAGACCUGAGUGUGUUUGUGUCUCCAUCGAACCCCAACGAGCACUGGGAAGAGAUUCAGAACUUUGUAGCAGAGGGAGGAGGUCUUCUGAUUGGUGGACAUGCCUGGUACUGGGCACAGUCGCAUGGUGGGAAAAACCCAAUGACAGAUUUUGGAGGGAACAAAAUCCUGAACCGAAUGGGGUUGAGCCUGUUGAAAACAACUAUUAAUGCAGGUUCAUACAAGGUUCCUGAUCCCACCCAGGUCAUUAAAGAUACCUACCAUUUCCGGCACCUUCUGCACCGCUUUGCUAAGCAUGUAACUGUGGAGGAAACACUCACUGAACAAGAGGAGGAAUUUCUCAAAAAGCUGGGCAGCGAUUGUGCCACCUACUUGAACAUGAAGGCUCAUGACUCCUGCCACUACUCUCAGGUGGUUGCAACCCUCACAGACAUCUUAAAAAAGUCCGGCCUGCCACAGGUGAGUGAGAAUUGCCCUGUCAAAAGCCCCAAAGAACACCUACUUCUCCACGUUGGGACGGAGGUUUAUAAGGUUUGCCCAGAUCCAGACGCCCUCCUGCCUUACCUCAUUAAGGAUAAUCCACUGUUGCCAGUUGUCCACAAUCACAGGGUCAAGAUGGACAUCAACACAGCAGAAGGAGAGGAGUGGAUCAGCACAGGUCUCUACCUCUCCCCGGGUAUGAAGACAUACAUGGCCAUACCAGCAGAGAUCGUCAACAAAGGAUGGCAGAUUCAGAUAGGCUGUCAAACAGAUCAUCUGAAUGCUGCAGAGUUAAAGAGAGCUCCACGUGUCCACGAGCGCUUUCCUGUCACCUCUGAGAUGAUACAGGUGUGGAACCUGUGGGGAGGACUCAUUUACCUUGUGGCCCCACCCAAAACACAGGCACAAGGGCUGCAGGUUGUUGUGCAGAUGGCUGUUCCUGCACCCUAUUAUAAAUCAGGUGUAACAACUGAAGCUGAUUGGUCGUUGUUGCGCAUGGCUCCUUCACCUUGGGCAGAGUUGGAGUUUGACAACAUCAUCCUCACCGUACCGUCGGAGGCAGUCCGACAGCUGGAGCACCCCAAUGAGUUGGCGGCCCUUUGGAAUGACAUCAUGAAGGCCAUCGCUGACCUGGCUGCCAAACCCCACAAAUUUCCACGUAAAGAGCGUUUUGUAGCAGAUGUUCAAAUUUCUCAUGGUUGGAUGCAUGCAGGUUAUCCUAUUAUGGCACAUAAGGCUUCUGCAGAGGGUUUGGUGAGCGUUACACAUGCUAGGACAAUAGGCAUGUGGGGUGCCAUCCACGAACUGGGACACAACCAACAGCGAGGCUGCUGGGAGUUCCCUUCACACACCACAGAGUGCACAUGCAACCUGUGGUCAGUGUAUGUGCAUGAAGUGGUUUUUGGCAUCAACAGGGAAAAGGCUCAUCCAGCAAUGACUUUGGAAGAGCGAAAUAAACGAGUCAAGGACUAUAUUAAAGAAGGCAGGAACCUCAGCAGCUGGAGUGUGUGGGUGGCCCUGGAGACAUACAUGCAGCUCCAGGAGAAGUUUGGCUGGGAUGCCAUUAAGAAGGUGUUUGCUGCCUACCAUGAGAUGAACAGCUUCCCCAAUGACAACAAAGGAAAGAUGAAUCUUUAUGCCGAGACGUUCUCCCAGACUGUGGGAAUGAACCUGACUGGAUUCUUCAAAGCCUGGGGGUGGCCUAUUGAACAGGCCACUGAGGAGAAACUAUCCAGCCUGCCUGCCUGGACCGAUCACCCGAUGGUCUAGCAUGACUGCCUGGCAGACAGCUGAUCUUUAUGAUCACAGACAUGAUUAUGAGGAACAAUUUUUUUAGCUAUAAUUAUGUAAUGAGCUAUAAUUUGGGGAAAUUCAUUUAGGCCUGUUGAUUUUUCUGUGUAUUGACAUUAAGACAUUAAAAAGACAAGUAUAUCUCGCAGACACUUUUUAGUUUACUAUUAUUAUUGUAUUCCAGGGAAGAGGAGGAAAGAAUAUAAAAUAUUGGGUAAUGUAUAACUCCAUUUUUAUUUCUUUGAGUUGGAGGCAAAAAUCAAACCCUGACUUAUGAUCUCAGGAGAUAUUUAUGUUUAUAGUAACAAAGAUCUCAUAAAGGAAAGGGGCCAUUAUAAGUUACAUACUUUGAGGAAUACACACACAGGAAGAUCAAUCUUCCCUUGGGAGAUAUUGAUAAAUCCUGUAUUAAUGUUCUACACAAAUUAUAUUAGCAUGUACUUUUACUGAUGUGUUUGUCGAUCGAUUAAUUAUAUUAUUUUACUUGUUAAAGUCUUAUGUGUUACUCAUUGCUGGAAGAACUAAUAAAGUCACCCACUACAGUGUUUAACUGGCUUAAUAGUUGCCACAUUAAAAAAUCAAUAAAAAUAUAAUAUCUGGA